CCUUGCAGCUCGCCUCACCAGUUUAGCUGUGGACACGUCUGAGGCUCGGUCCCUCCAUCGCUACGGAUUAUGUGUGUACACUUACAAAUACUGGACAUUACCCAAAGAAGAAAUCAGUUUCUUGUUUGUUAAACUGUCACAGAGUGAACGGUGGCUCUUCAACAGUAACAAAGCUUAUCACUAUGUCGAGUGGAGUUUUAGGUCGUCUGAGCAACAUGACAAUAAACAUUAAGCAGUUAGUUGGCCUGCCUCGGCUUUCCCCGUCUCUUCAUUCCUUGCCGUCCCCUCAGGCCACCGUGGGAGCCACAAACGUGCCCGGUCUGUUCCGUGAGCCUUACAUUCAUUCAGGCUACCGUCCUGUAGGCCAGCCAUGGCACUGUUAUGCUCUCAGCCUCUUUCAAAGCCACAACGAGUUGCUGAACGUCUGGUCACACCUUCUAGCUGUUCCUGUGGUCUUACUGCGCUUUUGGCUCUUUGCUGCCACGGGAAGCCUGACUCUAGACGCUUCAUCGCUGCCCCUCUGCCUCUACAUCCUUUCGUCUCUGACCUACCUAACCUGUAGCACAGUAGCCCACUUACUUCAGUCUCACUCAGAGCUUUCACACUACUCUCUCUUCUUUCUGGAUUAUGUCGGCGUGGCUGUGUAUCAGUACGGAUCAGCGCUGGCUCAUUAUUUCUACUGCUCUGAGGAGGAGUGGAGGCAGAGCCUGGUGGGAGCAUUGUUCCUGCCUGGGGCUGCUUUACUGGGCUGGGUGUCAUGUGCCAGCUGCUGCUUCGCCAAGUUGCGCUAUCGUCGUCCGUACCCUCUGCACAGGAAGAUCUUCCAGAUUGUACCCACUGGCAUGGCGUACAUUUUGGACAUCAGCCCUGUGGCACUGCGGCUAGCUUCAAGACACUGCCGUGAGCCUGUGCUGGUGUUGCAUGCCCUGCAAGUGGCCUUCUUCCUGUUGGCUGCCUUCUUCUUCUCGUGCCCUGUGCCUGAGCGCUUUUUUCCAGGGAAGUGUGAUAUUGUAGGUCAGGGGCACCAGAUCUUUCAUAUCUUCCUGGUCAUGUGCACCAUGUGCCAGAUGGAGGCAGUUUUUAAGGACUUCUCGGUGCAGAAGUCCUCGAUAGUGAAGGUGCACGGAGAGUUCAGCAUCUGGCUGGCCGCAGGCUUUUUCUUUAUCCUGGUGUUGUGCAGUAUGCUGACGGCAGCUCGAAUGAGGCAGAGUGUCCAAAGGCACCUGCAAAAAGAAAGAAUGAAGAGCGAAUGAAACUCAAUUUGAAGGGGUUACCUCCACAGGCUUCCAAACUGUGCUGUUCUCUAAACACACAGCAGAUUCAGUGUACAAAUCUGACACGAGAGAACAUUUAUAAUGUGAUACGCUUUUUAUCAUAGGCAAAAAUUUAUUUCCGAGAACAUAAAGUCUAUUUUUGAGUGUUUUAUUGUAUUGGAAAAGUGUGAAAUUUAGGCACACCAUGAGUAAGAAUAUGCCAUGUGAUAAUCUGUAAUAGAGAACAGAUCACUAUCAGGCCAUUCAUGGCUCUUUGUUGGGUAUUAGAAGGUGCUACUGUACCUGGUUUGAGAAUGAAUGGAGCCAUAGAACUCGUGUUUUUAAUGCAACCAUGUGACACAUCACCACAUUUAACUGUGCAAGUACUUGAUCAUUACAAAACUCAGACUGAAUAAGUUCUACAUUUACAUGACCAAAUGUAUGCGAACACCUGACGAUCACACCCUUAUGUGGUUCUUCCCCAAACUGUUGCCACAAAGCUGGAAGCACGAAGUUGUAUAAAAUGUCUUUGGCUGUAGCACCAAACCACUUACAUGCAAGCUCCACCAAGACAAGAUGUAUUAAGGGUGUCCUGCACAGAGCCCGGACUCUUUGGGAUGAAUCGGAAGACCGACUGUACCCAAGACCUCCUCACUCAACAUCAGUACCUGAUCUCACUAAUGCUCUUGUAGCUGAAUGGUCACUAAUCCCCACUCAUAUACGAGUGUGAUGGUCAAGGAUGCACAUGUUAUGUGGACUCACAUAGGACCAUAGGGUAUUGAAAAUUGUUUUAAAGAGCUCCAAUAAUAACCGGCUUCUCUUACUUUUGGUCAGUUUACAUAAUUUAAUGCCAUUGUUUCACGUAUAGUCCGAUUUCUGUAUAAUCUGUUGCUUAGCCACUGCUCCGUGCAUUAUCCUAAUAUGAGCCUGGGUGGCCUAUUUUCUAAUAAUCCUUUUCAGCCCAGACCCAAUUACUCACUUAAAUAGGACAAAAAAAUAAAUCUUGACCUGGCUUUAGUGCUAUCAGGAGGAGGAAUGUGUGAACAAAGAAGUCAGUUUUAUUUUGUCAGACCGUUAUGUUUUUUGUACCAAAAAGCCGGUCAGAACGCUGGCCCGAGAAAUGACCAGAUCAGAUUAGUUAAUCAGAUUUGCCACAGAGCCUCAGGAAUGUUCCCCCGCUCUCAGUACCAGGUCUUUACAAAUGCAGGAAACAUAUCACAUCAAAAUAUGUGUAAAAGUUUCGCUUGUACAUGUUUGUAAGUUCGUUUAUAUUUCUAGUUAUAAUGUACAGUAUUGAAUGAAAAGGAUUGUUAUUACCUCAGCCAGAUGGUAACGAAAGACAGCUAUAUUAACUAUACGGUUAUAGUGUACUGUAUUCUGUUUAAAAGACUGUUAGUACCUCAGCCAAGUGGUAAAGAGAGACAUAAAGACUGUCAUAAUAUUCAGAGUAUUGGUUGUGAAGUAGGUUUCUGAUUGUACUAAUGAAGUGCUGAUAAAGCUCAAAACCGUCUCCGCCGUGAAGCCGAGAUGAAACCGUAAACUGACAGCAAUGCUUUAAUUAAAAUAAAGUAGAUCAUUUAAUGAUAUUAAAUAGUCCUUCUAGAGUAUUUCAGAAGGAAACUCGUGUUGUUUUUAUUUUUGCUACACAUUAUUGGUGCUUACAAUUACAUUACACAAUCUGUAACAAUCAAAAUCAAUAAAGUGAUCAAUAUU